UUUGCAUUUGUUGUUGGAUUUGGUUAUCGUGAUGUUAUGUACAUUAUGGGGUAGAUCUAUAUAGCAAAAGAUCUUUUUACAAUAUGCUAUAUUAUUAUUCAUUUUUGGAAAUAUAGCCAAUGUGGUGAUUUUGUGAGGGUAAUAAUUGUGUUAAAUAAAUAGCACUAUGAAGCUGCUGCAAAAGUAUGUAUAUCCCUAGAGGUUGAUAGGGUUAGAAGUUACAGAUAUCUGUAUGGAAAAGGAGCAAGGUGGUAAAAUAAGUUACUCAGAUGGUGUUUCUCCGGAUUCAAAUUACUUGAGAGACGGUAAUCAAGAUUUGUUGCAGUCACCUGAGCAUGUCACUGGGGAGCAGAGAACUGAUAUGCUGAAUGAGAAUGUUGAAGCGCAGUAUUAUGAAGCGAAGGAAUGUACAGCUGAAAUGCCAGUUGAGAGCAGACAAGAACAAGAUCGACCAAGUUCAAAGGUAAAAGAUGAUAACAGGAGACCAAGAACUUCAGUGAAACCAGUAACCAAAUCUAUUGCUGGAAGCUAUAAAACAAAGUACACUGUUCCCCAGCCAUUUGCUCUGGCAACUGAGAGGCGUGCUUCUCAUGGAACACGUCCUAUCAGGAAUGAUGCAGGAGACAUGAGUGCUGCACAGAAGCCAUCUGAAGCAAAUAGUUUGCAGGCCCCAAGAUCUGUACAAAACCAGGUUUCCUUGUCAAAUGCAAAUGCACUAAAGAAGCCACAAUGUGAUAACAAGAAACAUUCUGAUGAGGAAGACUCGUCAAUUGCCUCUUGUGAUAUGGUCACAGCAAGAAAAUCCGGGGUCACUGUAGCAGCAGCCCCAGUAUUUCGGUCCUCUGAACGUGCAGCAAGAAGGAAGGAGUUUUACUCCAAGUUAGAGGAGAAACAUCAAGCUUUGGAGGCUGAGAGAAUUCAAUUGGAGGAAAGGACAAAGGAAGAGAGAGAAGCAGCUAUGAAGCACCUGAGGAAGAAUUUGUUGUUUAAGGCAAAUCCAAUGCCGAGUUUCUACCAUGAAGGACCUCCACCUAAGGCUGAACUGAAAAAGCCACCACCGACCCGUGCAAAAUCACCUAAGUUUUGCAGAAGGAAGAGCUGCGGUGACACAGGUGGCUUGGAUAAAGACAUAGGAGCUUAUGAUCGACGAAGUCAGCAUAUUCUUGGUUACAAUGCAAAUACCACCAUUGCUUCUAGAAUUAGUAAAGUUCGUCCCAAUAUCCGAAGGGCUUCUGCUACUUACAACUUUAACAAUGAGUCCAAUCAUGCAGGGGAGACAAAUGAGUCAUAUAUGACUGAGAUGCAAGAUGAAAUGAAUAUGGAUAUUAGCGUUCAUUCUUGAGCCUUUGGUGAUUUAUAAUUUAAUAAAGUGAGCGACUAUUUUCUUGUAUUUUGCUUCUUGUGACAGCUCUAAGGCCUGUCCAUUGGCUUCUUAGGAACUGCAAAACCUUUUUUUGCAGUAGUCUAUGUAACAUUAAUUUACCAAGUGUAAAUUUCUGUAAGUUAUUCCCAUUCUUGUGUAAAGAGACACUCCAUCUUCUUUAACAUUCUAUAUAAUUUUUAGUAUAUUGGCUA